UCCUUCAGUAAGUCAUUUGAACUACGUAUAACAUAACCGAAUAGACCGAAAAAAUUGAUUAAUAUUAAGAAGGAUGACGUGUAUGGCUUUCUAGUCUUAUGCCGGAUUGCCGGUCAAAAAACCUUACAUAAGAGGCAGAACCAGAGAGCAUUCUUGGCAGAAACUUGGAAAAGCAAAUACAUUUUACUUCCUUUUGGUAUCAGAUCGAUGGAGGGCUCAUUUUUCUGUCUGUUUAACAGGGCUCUCCUCUUACUCUCUCUCCAUGUCCUCAUGACUUGCUUCAUGCACCAAGGUUAUACUUAUGGAGCAGAAGGGAAGCUUGCAAGCCACACUGUGUCAGUUAGCUCUCUAUUGCCUUCUCCUUCUUGCUCACCUUCCACCACCAAAGCUAGCAACCGAAAGUCGACUUUGGAAGUAGUUCACAAGAAUGGCCCCUGCUCUCCCGUUCAAGACCAAAAUCCUCUAAAUCUCACUGAGAUCCUGCUCCGAGAUGAAUCAAGGGUCAAGUGGAUUCAGUCCCGAUCCUCCAACAGCAGCAACCUUUUGAAAGCUUCAAAGGCAGCCAGUCUUCCAGCGAAGUCCGACAUCAUCGCCGGUGAUUAUGUAGUGACAAUCGGCCUCGGCACACCCAAAAAGGACCUAACUCUCCUUUUCGACACAGGAAGCCCCCUCACAUGGACCCAGUGCAAACCGUGCGUGGGAUCUUGCUACACUCAGCCUGACCCAAUCUUUAACCCGUCUCAAUCAUCGUCCUAUGCUAAUGCCUCGUGCGCCUCGACAUUAUGCUCCCUUGGAUCUUUAGUUGGUUCGGGAUGCUCUGGAUCGACAUGUCUAUAUUCCAUCACAUAUGACGACAAUUCAUCUUCGGACGGCUUCCUCGCCACUGAGAAGUUGACAAUAUCACCGACGGAGGUGAUAGACAAUUUUGGAUUUGGCUGUGGCGAGAACAACUCAGGCAUCUUUGGCAGAGCAGCAGGGCUUAUUGGACUCUCUGACAACAAUAUCUCCAUCGUGGAACAAACUGCGGCCAUAUAUGGCAAGUAUUUCUCCUACUGCUUGCCCUCUUCCGCUAGCUCCACCGGACACUUGACUUUCGGCAAGGAUGGCGGAGUGCCGAGUUCAGUUAGGUUCACACCGUUAUCAAAGGUCCAACAAGACUCGGAAUUCUACGGAAUAAGUAUAGUAGGAAUCAGUGUAGAAGGGAUUCCUCUAUCGAUACCAUCAACGGUUUUUUUGAGUGCAGGUGCCAUCAUCGACUCGGGAACUACCAUUACCCAAUUGCCUCCAACAGUUUAUAGUGCCUUGAGAACCGCAUUCAGGAAAGGAAUGAUGAAUUACACGACAGCCCCGGCGGUUUCCACGUUCGAUACUUGCUAUGACUUUAGCAAAGUGCGCACAAUUGCUGUCCCGUCCAUAACAUUCUCUUUCGCUGGGGGAGUCGACAUUGAUUUGGACCUUAGCGGGAUAUUGGUCAUGGUGACGGCCUCGCAAGUGUGCCUAGCAUUUGCAGCGAAUGGUGCCGACAGUGAUCUGGUCAUUUAUGGUAAUGUGCAGCAGAAAACGUUUGAAGUUGUGUUUGAUGUUGCUGGAAGAAAGCUAGGCUUUGGUCCAAAUGGCUGUUCCUAAGAUGGAUGGAUUAAAACGAAAGUCAUUAAUAGAUAUAAUAAGGGAAGU